AACAUCGACAAUCGCCGUGUAAGUUUGGGAAAUCAUUGCAAUAAUCAAGAAGAAAAGAGGAACAUCAAACCCACUUCUUCAGUCGAUGGUUCUGUAGGUGAUUUGAAUGGUGACCAAGUUGCAGAAGUUGACGGAAUUAUUGUAAAUAAGGAAAUAUGGACAAAAGUUAUGGAACGAUUGAAAAAAGAAAAAUUGCGAGUGCAGUAUGCUAUUGUGACUGUUUUUCACAAAUGA